CCUCCAGUGAUAGCACAAUCUUUGAGUCCACGACCACAAUGCUGCUCAACGACCUUGCGCUUCUCCUCCAGCAGUGGCACCUGCAGAUCUUGGUUGGCCUUGUCCCCAGUCUCCUGCUGUUCGCAGUCUACCGCCAUUAUGAAACCCACAAUUUGCCAGUGAUCAAUGGACCAAGACUGUUCGAGUUUUCCGACAAACGAAUGAAGCGAGAAUACACGAUUCGGGGACGUCAACUGCUACGGGAGGGUUUACAAAAGUUUGGCGGCAAACCGUUCAAUAUGAUGACUGACCAUGGGUACGAAACAAUCUUUGGGCCUCAAUACAUAGACGAACUACGUAACCUGGAGGGCGUCAGUCAUGCCAGAGCAAUCGCCAAGAUGGUGAAUGCUCAUUAUCCAGGCUUGGAAGCUUUCCACGAAUUCGGCUACGGUGAAGGCAUCAUUCAGGACGCCGUCAAGUUGAAACUCACCCAGGCACUCGGAGGUCUGACGCAGCCGCUCUCUGAUGAGACUGCCCUAAUGCUCCAAGGAGCUUUCACAGACAACAAAGAGUGGCAUAGUAUUAGUCCACAGCCAGUUCUCCUCAACGCUGUUGCCCGUGUCUCGUCCCGUCUGUUCCUUGGUGAUCGAUUGUGCAGAGAUCCAGCGUGGCUGAAGAUAACCACGACAUAUACGAACCACGUGGCCGCGACGAUUUUCCAGCUGAAUUCAUACCCAGCCAUUUUCCGACGAAUCGUUGCUCCAUACUUGACACGGGUUCAGGCGCUGCGCGCACAGGUACGCGAGGCUCGCGGUCUCAUUGGUAAGGUCCUUGAUGAGCGUGCAAGCUUAGAGGCCAAGGGAGAGAAGCCCGAGUAUGUGGACGCUAUUGAAUGGUUCAAAGACAUUGCUCAGGGGCGCCACUACGACCCGGUAUACGUGCAACUGACCUUGUCCUUUGUUGCAAUCCAUACCACCGCCGAUAUGAUCACGCAAUUGAUGUUUGACCUCGCCCAGAGCCCAGAGUACAUUCAACCACUUCGCGAAGAAGUGAUUGCUGUUCUGGGAAAGGAUGGUUGGAAGAAGACCUCGUUGUACAACCUCAAACUACUUGAUAGCGCCAUGAAAGAGAGCCAGAGACUUCGGCCCAUCAAUGAUACCGCUAUGCGACGCCUUGUUCUCAAGAAGAUCGUGUUGUCGGACGGAACCGUUCUUCGCCCAAAUCAAGUAUUCGCAGCUACUUCGACGCAACACUGGGAUCCCGAGAUCUACCCUGAUCCCGAAAAAUUUGUGGCAGACCGAUUUCUGAAGAUGCGAGCCCAGCCAGGCAAGGAAAAUAUCGGUCAAUUUGUCACCACCAAUCCAAACCACCUUGGUUUCGGGCAUGGGAGCCACGCGUGCCCCGGCCGGUUCUUUGCGUCAAAUGAGAUCAAGAUAAUCAUGUGUCACAUUCUGUUGAAGUAUGAUUGGAGACUUCCUGCGGGAGAAACUCCGAAACCUUUCAUUCACGGCUUCCAUCUUGCCGUUGACCACAAAACGAAGCUGGAGAUUCGCAGACGGGAGGCGGAGGUCGACAUUGAUAAUUUGGUUUGAUGAGCCACGCAUGCAGAUGACUUACGCUUAUCUAAAGCGCA